UCAGUACAACCCCGCAAGACUACAACAAGGCUGGGAGUGGGAGGGAGGACUUGGGAAGCAAAACAUGGCGAAAUAACAAGUUUGCCCGUACGCAGCAGUUUGAAGCUGUACCGCAUAUUGCAGUGUUGGAGUACAACAACAAGUUCUGAAUAUUUCGGACGCUGGAGAACGAAAGCAACGCUUAACUUUAAAGCGUCGAGGGCCCCGGUUUACAAGUAUUACGGUGGCUGGCGAGAACAUAGUGCCAGCCUGCCUGUCUGCUUGUGUUUUCCCCGGAAGAUUGGCAGUGCUAGGCGCGACUGUCAAAACAGAAAAUGGAUGAAGAAGUUAAGUUCAUUCUGGAAAACACUGUUUAGGUUGCUAGCUUAUUCACGUUAGCUAACCAGUUAACAUUAACGUCGGGUUUGACGGAUCGCUCGCACCUGACUCUGUAGUUCUUCAGAUUAUCGUGCGCCUUUGCCCCGAAACUGGGUAAUAUUUAAGUCGUGUUAACAAGUUGGACAACUGCAGUCACGUAGAUUCGUGUCUUAAACGAGGGCAUUAUUUUAAUUUUCCACUCUAAUCCACUGGUAACAUUUUGAGAAAACGUCUAUUUUAGGCUAAUAUUGCCCGCUUGACAGUCGGUUCUGGUGCGGACGGACCCGGACGCCAUCACAUCAGACGUUGCGUUCUCCUUAAAAAAACAACCAUUGCGUUGCUGAGCAGUAAAUGUUAUUUUUACUUUACCAAACAUUACAAGGAAUGUCUCAGCGGCAGUGGUAGUUUUUCCCCCUUCAUUUUUCUCCCGGAUAACAUUAGCUGUAAUGUUACACAGCAGCAGUCAAAAUGAACGCAGCAAGGUGUCCAACAACAUUGGAGGUGCAUUGCAUUGAAAACCUGCCAGUUGUUAGAGCGGUUCCGAUGGCCGGCUAAUGGUGACGUUGACACUUUGUUGAAAUCUCCUAUUUUAAGUUGAAUGUGUUUAUUUUUUUGUUAGGAUAUCGCUACCCGGUUUUUCCUCUUAUAACAACUGCGGGUAACAUUAUAGAUCUGGGCUAGAGUUGACGUGAGCUAGCCAGCUGGGUGCGUCUGUGGCAGCUCUAUCUGCGAUGUGUUUGCUAAUCUAAGUGCUACCGUGUUGUUCAGCAACAAAUCAGCACAUUGCAAAGCCCGCCUCGCCUGUUUUCUCUACAAUAAAGCCAUUUUGUGCUUGUUUAAACAGCCACUUCAAUUUUUUUCCCUAAGCACUUCUUGUCAAAUAAGUGGCUAACUUGUUAGCUAACGUGAUAAGUUUCGCCAGAUAUGUCUGAAAACGCCCCCACACGAAGCCUGGAUGACAUAGACCUCGCAGCUCUGAGGGAUCCAGCAGGGAUCUUUGAGCUGGUCGAGGUCGUCGGCAAUGGGACAUAUGGGCAGGUGUACAAGGGCCGUCACGUGAAGACGGGCCAGCUGGCCGCCAUCAAGGUGAUGGAUGUUACAGAGGAGGAGGAAGAGGAGAUCAAAGCAGAAAUCAACAUGCUGAAAAAAUACAGCCACCACCGCAACAUAGCCACAUACUACGGUGCCUUUGUCAAGAAGAGUCCACCAGGACACGAUGACCAACUCUGGCUGGUGAUGGAGUUUUGUGGGGCCGGGUCAGUGACCGACUUGGUGAAAAACACCAAGGGCAGCUCUCUGAAGGAGGACUGGAUUGCUUACAUCUGCAGAGAGAUCUUGAGGGGCCUUUCUCACCUUCAUGCCCAUAAAGUCAUCCACAGGGACAUCAAGGGUCAGAAUGUGCUGCUAACAGAGAACGCCGAGGUCAAACUUGUUGAUUUCGGGGUGAGUGCUCAGCUGGACAGGACCGUGGGGCGUAGGAAUACCUUUAUUGGCACCCCUUACUGGAUGGCACCGGAGGUCAUCGCCUGUGAUGAGAACCCUGACUCCACCUAUGACUACAGGAGUGAUAUCUGGUCCCUGGGGAUAACAGCCAUUGAGAUGGCAGAGGGAGCUCCACCAUUGUGUGACAUGCACCCAAUGAGAGCCCUCUUCCUGAUUCCCAGGAAUCCCCCACCUAAACUUAAAUCCAAAAAAUGGUCCAAGAAAUUCAUUGACUUUAUAGAGGGCUGUCUGGUGAAGACAUACCCCAGCCGACCAUCUACUGAACAGCUACUCAAGCACUCCUUUAUCAGGGACCAGCCUACUGAGCGCCAGGUCCGAAUUCAGCUCAAAGACCACAUCGACCGUACUCGCAAGAAGAGGGGAGAAAAAGAAGAGACAGAGUAUGAGUACAGUGGCAGUGAUGAGGAGGAUGAAAAUCGUGGAGAUGACAGAGAGUCAAGCUCAAUCCUUAAUGUGCCUGGUGAGUCCACCCUGAGGCGGGACUUCCAGCGUCUGCAGCAGGAGAACAAAGAGCGCUCCGAGGCUCACAAGAGGCAGCAGGCCCAACUGGCAGCUCAGCGCAGGGACCCUGAGGAACACAAGAGGCAACUGCUGCAUGACCGACAGAAACGCAUCGAGGAACAGAAGGAGCAGCGUCGCCGACUUGAGGAGCAACAGAGAAAAGAGCGAGAGAUGGUGAGGCAGCAAGAAAAAGGUCCCCAUCGGAGACUCGAUGAUAUGAGACGAGAGGAAGAUAGAAGGUUGGCUGAAAGGGAACAGGAGUUUAUCAGACAUAAGUUAGAAGAAGAGCAGCGGCAGUUAGAAAUCCUUCAGCAGCAGUUGCUUCAGGAGCAGGCACUGCUUAUGGAGUAUAAACGCAAGCAACUGGAGGAGCAGCGUCAGUCAGAGCGGCUGCAGAGACAACUGCAGCAGGAGCAUGCGUACCUGGUGUCCCUGCAACAGCAGCAGCAGGAAAAGAAGCCCCAACUCUACCACUAUAACAAAAACCUGGAGCCCAACAACAAACCUACUUGGGCCCGUGAGGUGGAAGAGCGAAGUAAGCUCAACAGACAGGGCUCACCCAAAAUCUGCACCACAGUCUCUGAUACUGCCAUCCAGUCACGCUCAGAUUCAAUCAGCCAGUCAGGAGUGGUCCAGUCUUCUCAGACCCCACCAAUGCAGAGGCCCGUUGAACCCCAAGGGGGGCAGGGCAAGUUCCAGAUGGCUCACUUGGUUCCACUGAAGCCUUAUGCUGCCCCUGUCCCUCGCUCCCAGUCCCUCUGUGACCAGCCUACUAAGACCAUGUCCGCCUUCCCCACCCAGGACCCUUCCCUUACCCCCACACCUCGUCCCAUCCACUCCAGAGAGCUAGUGCGUCAGAACUCAGACCCCACCUCUGAGAAUCCGGCACCACUGGUACACCAAAUCAGAGAGGAUCGCGGCCCCUGGAUCCGCCUUCCAGAUGUGGAGCUCCCACCCAAGGUUCCCCAGAGGACAGCAUCUAUUGCCACAGCUCUCAACACCAACCUGACCUCUGGCAUAAGGCAUCCAGUGAGAGCCAGCAAUCCAGAUCUCAGCCGCAAUGAUCGCUGGGAGAGAGGAGACAGUAUCAGCAUCAUCUCCAAUCUUCCACAGACUGGCUCUCUGGAGAGGCAUCGCAUCCUCAGUUCCUCCAAAAUGGAUUCACCCAUGCUGUCCCAUGACAGUCGUCAUAAGCCCGGGGAGUCUCGUACCUCUUCUCGCCCUGGGCGCCCUGCUGACCAUGGCCUCUUUGCCAAGGAGCGCGCUGAGGAACAGCCGGGGCCCCCAGUCAAGGCCAACCAAUACCCCUCCUCCUCGGAGAGCAGCGAGAGCAGUGAGGAGAGCGAGAGCGGCGAGGGAGCAGAAGAAGAGAGCCCCACAGAUCGUCACAGGGAUGCAGACACUGAUUCAGUCAACACUAUGGUGGUUCAUGAAGACGAGGGCGAAGGGGGGGAAGGAGAGCAGGCUGGAGGUUAUGGGGAUCAGACCAUGCUGGUGCAGAGGACUCCAGAGAAGCGGAGCCAUAAUGGAUACACUAACUUGCCAGAUGUGGUGCAGCCCUCCCACUCCCCCACCGAUUCAGUCACUCACUCCUCCCCAGGGAAAGACUCUGUGUAUGAUUAUCAGUCCAGAGGUUUGGUGAAGGCAUCUGGCAAGUCCUCCUUCACCACCUUUGUGGAUCUGGGCAUGUACCAGUCACCAGGAGGUACAGGGGAUAACAUGUCCAUCACUGGCUCCAGGUUUGAGCAGCUGAAGAUGGAAGUGAGAAAAGGAUCCAUGGUGAAUGUAAACCCCACUAACACACGGCCCCCCAACGACACACCCGAGAUCCGCAAGUACAAGAAGAGGUUCAACUCAGAGAUCCUAUGUGCUGCUCUCUGGGGUGUGAACCUGUUGGUGGGCACAGAGAACGGUUUGAAGCUGCUGGACCGUAGUGGUCAGGGCAAGGUUUACCCCCUCAUCAACUCCCGCAGGUUCCAACAGAUGGACGUCCUGGAGGGCCUCAACCUGCUCAUCACCAUAUCAGGCAAGAAAAACAAGGUGCGUGUCUACUACCUGGCCUGGCUGAGAAAUAAGAUCCUUCACAACGACCCCGAGGUGGAGAAGAAGCAAGGCUGGACCACUGUGGGCGAGAUGGAGGGCUGCGUGCACUACAAAGUGGUGAAAUAUGAGAGGAUAAAGUUCCUGGUGAUUGCUUUGAAGAAUGCAGUGGAGGUGUACGCCUGGGCGCCCAAACCUUAUCACAAAUUCAUGGCCUUCAAGUCAUUCGCAGACCUGCCACACAGGCCUGUCCUCGUCGACCUGACAGUGGAGGAAGGCCAGAGGUUAAAGGUCAUCUAUGGUUCCUGCGCUGGCUUCCACGCCAUCGACGUGGACUCCGGAAACAACUAUGACAUUUACAUCCCAGUUCAUAUCCAAAGCCACGUGACACCGCACGCUAUUGUGUUCCUGCCUAGCUCAGACGGCAUGGAGAUGCUGCUGUGCUAUGAGGAUGAGGGCGUCUACGUCAACACCUACGGACGCAUCAUCAAGGAUGUCGUCCUGCAGUGGGGAGAAAUGCCCACAUCUGUUGCACAUAUCUGCUCAAAUCAGAUCAUGGGCUGGGGGGAGAAGGCCAUUGAGAUCCGUUCUGUGGAGACGGGCCAUCUGGACGGUGUCUUCAUGCACAAAAGAGCUCAGCGGCUGAAAUUCCUUUGUGAGAGGAAUGACAAGGUGUUCUUUGCAUCAGUGCGGUCUGGAGGCAGCAGCCAGGUUUACUUCAUGACCUUGAACAGAAACUGCAUCAUGAACUGGUGAAGGAACAGCUGCUCCGGUCAGUGUGCUGAACCUAGCGGGGGGUUUUGGAGAAGGAAGUGCAUCGGAAAUUCUCGCAAACAAA